GGAACCCGGACAGUCAGUCUGCAGAAACCUGGAUGGUGAACCGCAGAGCUUCUUCUUCAUCUUAUAGCUCCGACGAUUCUGUCCGAACUUUCCCGACCGCGCCCGAGCUCGCAGCCCCCACACGCCCGACAUCUACCGAAAUCUUCGUCUUCAUCCCGAUCUUCCGCUCGGUUGAAGUGAGCUGUGUUCGGGUUGGGGGAGGUGGGGUGGACGACAUUCAUGAAAUAAAGAAAAAAAAGGGUUUUCCAUCAUUCCUGAGCCCCUCCCAGCCCUCUGAUCACCGGACCGAGGCUUUUAUAAAGAGAGAUGCAGUCCAAGAUGAAAGCAGUCGUAGCGGCGGUACUUAGCGCCGUGUUCUGCACCGUUGUGUCAGCAUCUUCCAGAGUCAAAGAGGAAAGGAGGACGGCCUUCUUCGGCGAGGACGUCCACAUCGAAGUGCCGUCGUGGAGCGACCCGGAGGUCGUGUUCCGACCCAGAACCAACAGCUCCUACGAGGUUCCUCUGCUCCAGGCGGGCCGGGUGACGAACCCGAACAAGACCGAGCUCAACGCUCUGGGCCACCUGGUGCUGAAGGACGUGCAGGAGGAAGACAAGGGGCUGUACAUCAUCAGAAGCAGCAGAAAUGUCAGCAUUUCCAAAAACCUGGUCCUCAGCGUGAGGGACUGCGUUUUGGAGCAGGUUGUAAAGUAUGGAGAGACGUACAUCAUCCACCUGAACCAAAUCGAAGGUCCGAUCACGCUGGAGUUCAGGCCCAGCCUGGUCAGAGUCAACCAGACGGUGGUCCCUCACACCUCGGAGCCGCCGUCGGUGAUCCUCUACAACCAGAGCGCCGUGUUGGGGGACGACUACGCCGGGCGCCUCAGCGUGUCGGACAGGCAGGUGGUGCUGCACUCGGUCAGGAUGACGGAUGAAGGAAGCUUCACGGUUCUGGACCGGGACGGUCACACCAAGACGAGGACCUGCCUGAAUGUCAGAGAUCACCAGAGUUUCCUGCAUUUUGCCUACGGAGAGAACCUGAAGAUGAAACUCUUCCUGCACUUCUCCAACCUCAACGUGGUCUACAGGUCCAAACUGGACCACCAGGACCGGGUCAUCGUGAACCAGGGGGUUCUGGUGGCGCCGCUGGACCCGCAGCUGGAGGGCCGGCUCACUGUGGACGGGUCGGAGCUCGUCAUGAAGAAGAUGCACCCGGCCGACACGGGGCUCUUCAAGGUCACCGACCUGGCUGGCUUUACUGUGGCUCACAUUUACAUAACCGUGGAAGCCUAUAAGAUGGCUCCUCUGGCUGUUGCCAUCCUGUCCAUGCUGGGCCUGAUCGCCUUCAUGCUGCUGGUGUGCCUGCUCUCCUGCCUCUAUAAAAUACAUAAAAGAAACGAGAAGAACAAGAAGCUGACGCUCAUCGCCCAGCAGGCCGGCAAGACAGAAGGGGAAGCUUUCCGACAGGUGGUCCAUGAGGCUUACAGCAGGUUCACUGAAGAGUCUCUGAUGACGUCGGUGUGUGAUAAACCCUCAGAGACCACCGAGGUCACCAUCAAGGGUCUGGAGGUGUCCAAACCAGGCCGGUACCAGACUCUCCCCUCUGACAACUUCCUGGAAAUGAGCGACUCUGGAGUCGAGUUCAGCCACUCUGGACUCCCGCUGGACAGCGACACCGAGGCGGUGAUGACCUACGCCUCCCACAAGCCCCUCCUGAACGCCGCGUCCCCUCCAGCCGUGACGGACGCCGUCAUGAUGUCCGACAGCCUGGAAGCCACGGAGGCCCUGGAUGGAGGCCUGAGCGCCGUCCGAACCCCGGACUCCAUCCUGAGCGCCAGCCCCGCCUCCAACCCGCGCUCGGCCUCGGCCGCCACGCCUGACGGCAGCCUGCAGGGGGCCGCGUCCCCGGCGACGGCCUCCAGGGGCACCGCGGGGUCCGACUCAGCCAAGACAGAGGGCGGGGCGGAGGGAGAAGAAGACGGUCAGAAGGAGUAAUCAGGAAGUGUUUCUGGAACCUUUUAUCAUCCGAACACGGACAGAUCCUUCGUCCCAACAUCUGAAACAUCACAGAUAAAACAGGACGGAUGUAGAUGUGCUGGAUGCACAACAGAGUUUAAUUCACUCUGGCUACAACCUCACUGUCUAUCAACAGAACAUCCAGUGCACAAAAUGCAUGCAGUUCCGGAAAACACAAAAGAAGAUAUCUUAGAUCAGACGUAGACGUUAGAGUAGACUACAUGCAUGCUUUAGCAAAUGAAAUGCACUUAAAUCAUAUCAAAUCAGCUGAAUUCCUGUCAAACCGGUUCAAUAAUGAGAAAAUGACAAACGUUUGAGGGUAGUGACAGACAGGCGGCGUGUUUCAGACAGCCUUUGAGCUGCAGCGCGUUUCCUCUGACGCCACGCUCUCAGAAAAUCACAGCGAUGAGUGCGUUUCAAUCCGCUCUGUUAUUAGCAGCACAAGCAUGUCAGAAAACAUCCCCACAUCUCAGAUGAAGCUGCUUGUUUCACCGGGAUGAGCUACUCGAGGUGUUAUGUCUCCAAAACAACAACAACAAAAACAUCCUGCAAGAUGAAACCGGUUCAAGUAGACGCAGCAGCAACACCUCUCUGAAACUGCUGCUGCUUGUUUCAAAUAUUAGGUGUCAGAUCUGCAACAUUUGAAGGAUUUGUCAGAGGAAACCUGUCAAAACGUUCCACUUUAUCUCACUCAGCAGUCAAAAGUCUCUGUUUUUGUUUGCUGCUUCUAGUUAUUGUUCACUUGGUUCCAGGAAGGGAAAAAAUUCAGGGGGAAACUGACUGAGUGGCAUUUGUGUGACUUUCAGAGCAGCUCUUGAGAGCAUAAUUGGAUUCCAGGUUUCUUUGCAGACAGACCAAUUCGUGGACGCCAUGGAGCGCGGACCGGUGAUAAAAGAGCUGAAAGAGAUGGGAAAAGGGUACGAUUCAGGGAACAGAUGAAUGACAUCCAUGAUUCAAAGCCUAUUUUCAUCUCAGCCCAGAAUCCACCUCACAGAGCUCUCAUUAUUGGAGCCCAGUUGUUUGGCAGAAUGGAGUAACUGGAAAGAUAAAGUUGGAUCAGGGCGUGAUAACGACGCAGCCUUUCGCUUCAGCAACAUGAGCGGCUGGCUGUCAGAGAGGGUUGUGUGUGCAGGAGAGAGGCGGCGGAGUUUCAUUCAGUUCAGCCCAGAUCAUCAAACACUGGAGAGAGACAAGAGUCUGAGUGGCAAACCUUCAGUUGACGGUAAAGUUAUUAAUGAAUAACAAUGAUAAACAUCAAUCCUGGUUCUGCUCCAGGAUGUAACUGAUGUAAAACACAAUAGAAAACUUUCCUUAAAAGUAAACAGCAGUAAACUUUAGAAUUUAUAUAGAAUUUACAGUAGAUGCUGAUUUAUAUAUGCUUCACAAGAAAACCUGUUCAGUGAAAAAUAUUUUUAAUAAAAUGUUCCAACUUGUGGUAGAAAAAUGAGUUAAAACAAAGAUUUGUCAAAUGUGCUAAAAAAAACACCUUUUCACCUCGGACGUCUCUGUUAAAGCUAAUUUAGAAGGACAAUUAGGCUAAAAAAGUACAAAUUUCAAUAAUUUUCUUAACAAGUAAAGACGAGGACAUGUGGAGCUGAAAUAGUCAUAGAAGGACAUAUGGAAUAAAGUUAGCUUUAAGUCUAAAAUUUAACUCCAAAUGUUUGUUUCUGUCCAACUUUGAUCACAAAAUCCAAAAUGGCUGCCAGCAACACAAAACCUUAUACUCCAAUAACUCAGUGGACUCCUUUCUGUUCGGGGUUCUUUAUGGAUUCACCUUUUGUGAGGAUUUUGCUCCAAUUUAUUUACAGAAAAUUUGCCCAUUUACAGAUAUUUUUGUAGCGCAUGUUUAAAAUAUUUGGAAAAAAAAGUGCAGCUUGGGAAGCUGAAAUAUGAAAUGCUGUUUACUCUGCUGGUUGGCAUUUCCAAAGCAGCCAAUCCGGGAGCGCCAUUCAGUUUCCUUGGUGUUGAUUGGUUGAACUCCUAAGAGUGGAGAUUAUGAAGAAUGUAAACAUUUCUGUGGUAGUAGAACCAAGAUCAUUUUAAAUAUUAAUGCAUCCUAAAGUAUGUUUGGUGUUUGAAUUAUUAAAAUAGGAACUUUUAAAUGUUUUUAGAGAGUCUUAUGUAUUUGUGGAUUUCGACUAUUUGAUGGUGGUUGUGGUCAGUUGGCUCUUGUCCGUAAAAAAAAAAAACGGUUUAUAAGAUUUAAAUACAAAAACAUACAUUUACAUUUGCAUGCAUUGCUAGUAGUACUUAGUAAUAUCACUGAGCUCAACUGUUAUCAUUUGUAAUUGGAGCCUGACUGAGUUUGGUGUGAUGCCGUUCCCAGAUCUAAUGGUUUGUUUUAAUGGCACCUUCUGCUUUAAAAUCUGAUUUCCAGAUUAAAUAGUUAAAGAUCCAUGACUGUUUCAAUAAGGCUGCCAUGCAAGUAAAGCUCAGUCAUAACUAAACUAAUCAAUAGCUUCCUGGCCAUUUUGGCGUUUUGUAAAUCAUUAUCAAGUAGCACACAGUGUACAGCUGUUGUGUAGCUGGAUGUGACGUCACUCCCAGAUUUUCUGGUACGUUUCAGGUUUGACUGAAAGCCAGAACUUCUGCCUUCCAAGUUAGAUCAAAUUCAAUAUGGCUGCCGUAUAAAGAGCAGUGUUAGCUGUAGCAUUAAGCGGUUAAGCAUUUCUGACAGUUUGUAUCUGAAUGAAUUGGUGCAUCUUUCUUAGUUUGGUGUUCAAACAUGAAAAGAUGCAAAGAUUUGGGUUGUUUUGGUUUGUAUUGCUCAUAGUGAUGCUCCUCUCACUGACCACAACAAUUAGCAAUUCCCUCUGGUUCUUUACUUGUAACUAGGACAUUAUAAGCUUGGAAGAAAUGGAGUCGGACCCAAAUCAACAUCUGAGGAAAAUGGAAAGCAGCCCAAGCUCUCACAGGCCUAACAACUGUGUUUGACUAAUUAGUUUCCCUUUCUUGCUGUAGAAAAAGCUAAUUCAGGUCACAGAAAACUAAUUUCCACCUCUGAAUGUGAGCAGGGCAUGAAACUCGCCGCUGUACUUCCUCUCCUCCACACGUCCAGCCUCUGAGCUCCUCUGCUUUUAGGGAAGCUUCAUCUCAGCAUCCGUCACAUCUGCUGACACACACAGGCCGCAACAAGACCUUUGGGUCCCAACAGUUUCAUUUAUUCAGCAGCGUUGCUGUUACCAUUGACAUCUGUUAGCAGUAUGGCUACCUCAAGCUGUCACUGACCUGAUGUCAGCCUGGACAGGCUGCAGGAUUCACCCAAAGCAGCAAAACAGGCACCAAAGUCUUAAUAUCAGAAGAGAAAAGCACAAAUUCAGCAUUUGAUUCUUUUUAGAUAUGAAUAAGUUUCACAUUUUUACUGAUGAGGGUAAAAAACAUGAAGCAGCUAUUGUAAAUAUAGUUCAGUGAUCUGCAAAAAAUGACUAGUUCCCUUCUUCUUCUUCAGGAAAAUUCAUUUGAAUCGUUCAGCAUUGUAUGUAAAACGACUUGCAUAUUCAACUCAGAUGGGAAAAUGAUCCAUUUGAUGGGAGUUUUAUGAGGAAAUGCUUAAAACUCACAGGAGGGCGACUGAAAGCUCCAGAAAUGGACUCUGUAGAUCUGUAAAUAUCAGCUGGAUGUAAAUGAGCUAUGAUGCAUCAAUUUGGUGGACUAAUAACAGGAUAACCACUGAAUAUUUAAUAUAAUCUAAUGCAAUAUUAAUGAUAAAGGCACUGAAGCAUCAUGAACGCUCUCCUCCUGCAAGAAAACCCAGACGUAGCACAUCAGUACACCAGUCUACUGUUAGUCGUCUGUUUUCACUGCUGUAAAUAUGAAGAUCUGUGAUCUGCAUGUGGAUAAUCUUAGAAUACUCACGUUUCUUACUACGAGGCUUAUGCAAGAUUUUUUACCGCAUUGAUCCUUGAAUCACAGUAGGUAGGAAACUUUGCCUUCAGCUGGGAAGUCUGUGGUGUUUACAUGCUGGAAUCUGGUUGAAAUCCUUUCAUCAAGUCGGCCUCAGCAGGAGGCGAUCCGUCUGCGGCUGCAGGCCGUAUUGACACAUCGCAGGUGCUGAUGGUUUGAGCCAGAACCGCUCAGGCUCUGCCUCAAACGCAAAACCUGACAAACAAAACCGGGAAGCUGCAGCACGAAUCCAGUGUUUGGGGAAAAUAACAAUUUACAGCAUCUGCAUCAGUUGGGGAUUUUACCUCAAAAUGUAAAUUA